UAUGACGUUAUAGUGUGUAACCAUGAUCGGUUCGUCUUUACUCUGUCUGUACUCGUUUCCCUUUACAUUUUGAAAGACGUUGUGUUUUUUUUUUUCCUCGUGUUAAUUUGGUUGUUUCCAGCUGAUGAUCUGUUUGUAAUCACAUCCCAUGAGAGACUGAACUGAGCGCGGGGUGGAAGUUGGUGUGCGGAGCGGGCGGUGCGGAAGACGGACGCGCCAUGAUGAUUUCCCGCUCCAGUAAAGAGCUCUUCGUCCGCCUCUCCGGCUGCUGGAAGCCCCUGUUCAAGGGCCGUUUUCUCAUCGUCACCAACACGGUUAGCUGCGGGGGGAUGCUGGCCCUCGGUGACCUCCUCCAGCAGGCCCGGGAGAGGCGGCGGAACCCCGGCACGCAACACGACUGGGGCCGCACAGGCCGCAUGUUUGCUGUUGGUUCUUCUAUGGGCCCAUUCUUGCAUUACUGGUACCUUUGGCUGGACAAGAUCUACAUGGGCAAGACUUUGCAGACUGUAAGCAAGAAAGUUCUAGUGGACCAACUGGUUGCAUCACCGACCAUGGGAGCAUGGUACUUCUUAGGAAUGGGUCUUAUGGAAGGACACACAUUGAUUGAAAGCAUGGAGGAAUUUAGGCAGAAGUUUUGGGAGUUCUACAAAGCCGAUUGGUGCGUCUGGCCCGCGGCACAGAUGAUCAACUUCUACUUCCUUCCUUCGAAGUUCCGAGUUUUAUACGUAAAUACUGUCACCUUGGGAUGGGACACGUACCUUUCCUACCUCAAGCACCGUGGGAAUGCUGAGAAAGAGGCCUUGGUACAGCUCUGCAAUGAAUAAGCUUUUGACACUUUCCAGUUUGCAAAGUGGUUUAGUUUUUUUUAAUUUUAUUGCCACAAAAAGGACCUUUUCCACAUCUAUUCUGUAUAUGUUGCUAUUCAAUCUCAGUAUCAUGAAACAUUCUUAUGGCCUUAUACUUAUGUUCCAAUACAGUAUAGGAAGUUUAUUCCUUUAAUCUUUACAAUUGUAUUUAAAUGCACAUCUAGUUUAGAACAGCUAGUAGAGGGAAAAUCAUUACUGAAUUACUCCACAGUAGUCUCAUUUUAGUACGGUUUGAAUUUUAAUAUAUUUAAUAAACAGGUUAUUGUGAUGUCAUGUCUUACAUGUAAAAUGUUUUUUUACAAGAUAAUUGUUUUAGAUAAAUUGAGAAUUAGACAGAAGUUGCCAAAGAAAUUGAGAAAAUUGUAUUUCAAUGUUUAAAUCCACUUGCAGUCAACUUGAAUAUAAAUUUAGCUUGUAAUGCUUUUUAUAUCUAGUACAAGACUGUCUGUUUUAAAAAUAUUGUUUGAACCAAGAGUUAUUUUGAUAUAGAUUAAAUUGAAGCUAUAAACUUUACAGAAAUCUUUUCAGUAGUGCUUUCAUAUUUAUGUUGAAAUUUUGUACUGUUUCCUAAUCUGUUAAAAGCAACUAUAUGUAUACCUGGUUGUCUACUAACUUGUAUUCAGCUUAACCUUUACAAUAUUAUACACUUAAGCAUCUCCUAAAUCAUUUGUUGUUAAAAAAAAAAAAGUUGGAUGAUAAACAGAGAACUGUGGGACCUCUAUCUAUGCACUAUUGCCAUUGGUGUCCUGAAUGAAGGAGACGGCUGUCCGUAUGAUUUUCUGGAAUAAAAUUUUGUGCUCUGCUGACACACUAUUCCGUUACCUUGUAAAGUUCAGCAUUUGCAGAGGAGUAUUCCAUUAUGAAAAGUGAAAUUAGAAAUUUAUAAAUGCUGAGAUGUAAACUGUCCUAUAAGG